AUGUCGUCUGGCUUCGUCCCGGGAGGCACCAUUGAUGAGCCAACUCAAAGAGACGAUGAGUGGCGUCGUGCUCAACAAGAAUUAGAGGACGAAAGACGUCGGAAGGCGGAGCUUGGGAAGCAAAAUGAUGGGAAAAGCCUGUAUGAAGUGUUACAGCAAAACAAGAUGGCCAAACAAGAGGCAUUUGAAGAAUCGAUACGAUUAAAAAAUCAAUUUCGUUCCCUGGAUGAAGAUGAGGUUGAAUUUCUUGAUUCUCUCUUAGAGUCAACUCGAGCAAAAGAAGCUGCUGUUAAGAAAGAGACCGCCGAGCACUUGGCAGCGUACCAGCGUCAACGUGAAGAGGCAGAGCGAGCUUUGAUUGAAGGUCCGUCUGGCGGACAGAGCGGCUCUACCAAUCCAACCGGCGAUGAGGAGCAGUGGGCUGUUGCAGGAAGAAAGCGCAAGCGAAACAAAAAGGACUUUUUAAUUCCUCCCAAGAUCCGUAAAUCAUCAUCCGCCAUCGAUGACACCCCGAUCACCUCGGACGAUAAAGGACAAUCUGCUACGAGCACCGCCAAGAGUGUGACCAAAGAUUCUGUCACUUUUACUUCUCCAUCAUGGCCAGCGCGCGCCGAGACUGUUUCCGUUGAGGACACAAAAAGUAAAACUAACGAUGCUUUACCCUUAAAAGAUAGCCCUAAGCAGAAGCCAGCAGUUGGUCCAUCCUUAGGGCUGGUUGCUUAUGAUUCCGACGAAGACUCGGACUAA